AUGAAGGAGUUUGAACGAAAUGACACUGUUCUCAACAAUACUGCAGUAGCGGAGUAUGAAGAGGCAGCUAGGGAAUUCAUUGUGAGAUCGCUGAAGGAUGCAAGAGAGCUCCGCCAGCAAACCCUUUGGGGUCUAUACGGUUUUCCAUACUGCAACUACAAUGCUGGAACAAAAAAUGAAAGCAGAUGCUCCCAACAAUAUCAGGAUUUCAACAACAGAAAAGAUUGGAGCUUUGAUGAAAUUUGUGCACCCGUCAUGGCGAACAUUUCCGAGUAUAGGAAUGCCUUCAACUGCAAUGCGACUGCAUCGAAACAAUGA